AAAUCAUUCGAAUUUCAUAAAAAAAAAAAAAAAAACUCUCAUAAGCUAGUAAUAUACUACUAAUGCAGUAGUUAAAAAAACUCGGCCAGAGAUGUCGUGGUGGCGAGCUAUUAGAAACUGAUGAUAUGACAACGAAAAUUUGACCCGUUAACUACCCGAACCCGAUCCGAACGGAAAGCCGUCUUCUUUACUUCGAUUGUCAACGUCACAUCACACUGCCUACUGGCUAAUGCCACCAAAAUCUUCUUCUUCAUCCUCACCUCAUCUUCCAGGGAUAAUCAGUCAAUUACAGUUUCGACGACCUUCAAGUUUGGAAUUUGAUGGCUUCUUUGAUGGUCGGGCCGCUUCUUUUUCCUUCGGGAAAUGGUUACAAGAUCUGGGAAGAUCCAUCCUUUAUCAAGUGGAAUAAGAGGGAUCCUCAUGUUACUCUGCGUUGCCAUGACUCCAUCGAAGCCUCUCUUAAAUACUGGUACGAACGCAAUAAAGUGGACCUUUCUGUUUCAAAAUCUGCUGUUUGGAACGAUGAUGCUGUUCCUGCUGCUCUUGAAAAUGCCGCUUCCUGGGUCCAACAAUUGCCUUUUGUUAAAUCCCUGUCUGGAUAUUGGAAAUUUUUCCUGGCUCCUAAUCCCACUACUGUUCCUGACAAUUUUCAUCAGACUGCCUUUCAGGAUCCUGACUGGCCAACUUUGCCUGUUCCUUCAAAUUGGCAAAUGCAUGGAUUUGAUCGCCCUAUUUACACAAAUUUUGUUUAUCCAUUUCCACUCGAUCCUCCUCACCUUCCUCAGGAUAAUCCUACAGGCUGCUACAGGACUUUUUUUACUAUUCCUAAGGAAUGGCAGGGUCGUAGGAUUAUCUUGCAUUUUGAGGCUGUUGAUUCUGCUUUCUGUGCAUGGGUAAAUGGGGUCCCUGUUGGAUACAGUCAGGAUAGCAGAUUACCGGCAGAAUUUGAAAUUCCAGAUUACUGUUAUCAAUUUGGUUCAGAUAAGAAAAAUGUUCUGGCCGUUCAAGUUUUGAGAUGGAGUGAUGGGUCUUAUCUUGAAGAUCAAGAUCACUGGAGGAUAUCUGGCAUUCAUCGUGAUGUGCUUCUUCUUGCAAAGCCACAGGUUUUCAUUGCAGACUACUUUUUCAAGUCAAAUCUGUCUGACAACUUCUCUCAUGCAGAUAUACAGGUUGAAGUAAAAAUAGAUGACUCACGAGAAACAUUGAAAGAGAGAGAGCUGGCAAACUAUGUCAUAGAAGCUGCAUUAUAUGACACGGGGAGCUGGUACAACAGGGAUGGACAUGUUGAUUUGCUUUCAUCAAAUGUGACUAACUUAACAUUGAGCACCCCCACCAGUGGCGGUCAUGGAUUUAAUGGUUAUAUACUAGUAGGGAAACUGGAAAAGCCCAAGCUCUGGUCUGCAGAAGAACCAAAUUUGUACACACUGGUUAUUGUCCUUAAAGAUGCAUCUGGCUAUGUGAUUGAUUGUGAAUCAUGCCUAAUUGGUAUAAGACAAGUAUCAAAAGCUCCAAAACAGCUGCUUGUUAAUGGGCAGCCGGUUGUAAUACGAGGUGUGAACAGGCAUGAACAUCACCCACGUCUAGGGAAGACAAACAUAGAAUCUUGCAUGAUUAAGGACCUGGUUCUGAUGAAGCAGAACAAUAUCAAUGCUGUCAGAAACAGCCACUAUCCUCAACAUCCUCGUUGGUAUGAGUUAUGUGACCUGUUUGGCAUGUAUAUGAUAGAUGAAGCCAAUAUCGAGACACAUGGGUUUAUUCUGUCUGGGCAUCUGAAGCAUCCUACCGAAGAACCUAGCUGGGCUUCUGCAAUGAUGGAUCGUGUAAUUGGCAUGGUGGAAAGGGACAAAAAUCAUGCAUGCAUCAUUUCCUGGUCCUUAGGAAAUGAGGCUGGAUAUGGGCCUAAUCAUUCUGCUUCAGCUGGUAUUGCAUUGUGUUCUAUAGCUGCAUAGCAAUUGGGCAUGCAUAGGAGUAACUAGAAUGAAUUUUGCUCCUUAGUAAUUUACUAGUCAGCAUAAAAAAGAAAAGAAGCAGUAGAUAUUAUGAUUUUAGAAGUAUCUCUUGGCAACAGCUUGGAUACUAAAAAGACUAGUUUGUGCUUUUUUAGGGUUUUGUGUGUUUGUUGUGUGUGUGUGUGUUUGUUGACUAGUGUUGAACUUACA